CUUCUUCUCCAAAGCAUCUCUCUCUAACUUUAUAUAUAUAUGUAUAGAGGUAUACACUAAUGUAUUACUUUUUCUUAAGCAUUGAAAUUGAACGGAAAACCCAGAAGGAAAAGGAUUGUAAUCUGACUGCAUUGGGGCAGUGAUUGUAAGGCAGUGUUAUGGCGAGUCCGAGUGGGACCAAUAAUGGUGUAGGCCCACGUCGGUCACUUUCGAGGAGAAUGUCGAGAAUGCCCACUAUGAUGGACGGCGAAGAAGACAUUCACGCCGUGGACAGUGAGCUUGUGCCGUCGUCCCUGGCGGCGAUUGCCCCCAUCCUCCGUGUGGCUAAUGAAAUUGAGCCAGAGAAUCGCAGAGUCGCUUAUCUAUGCCGCUUCCAUGCAUUUGAGAAAGCUCACAGGAUGGAUGUAAACUCAACUGGGCGGGGUGUUCGACAGUUUAAGACAUACCUACUACAUAGGCUUCAAAAGGAAGAAGAAGAGACAAAACCCGAACUUGCACCAAAUGAUCCUAUGGAAAUCCAGAGAUAUUAUCAAAUGUUCUACAGAAGAAAUGUUAGAGAUGGCCAACAUACGAAAAAACCAGAGGAGAUGGCUAAGAUCUAUCAGAUUGCAAACGUGCUGUAUGAUGUGCUAAAGUCGGUAGUACCUGAACACCUGAUAGAUGAAGAGUCGAAAAGUAUUGCCAAAGAUGUUGAAGAGAAACGAGAGCAACAUGAGCACUACAACAUUCUUCCUCUGUAUGCUGUUGGGGUUAAACCGGCAAUCAUGGAGCUUCCAGAGAUUAAAGCAGCACUUCAAUCUAUUCGUGAUGUGGAUAAUCUUCCUGAAUUUCAAACGCCCGAAGGGAAUAAUAGAUCAGUUACAGAUAUUCUUGAAUGGCUUGCUUUACGCUUCGGUUUUCAGAAAGGAAAUGUGGCAAAUCAGAGAGAGCACUUGAUAUUGCUACUUGCCAAUUUGGAUUCAAGGAAAAAGGAUAAUCAAGAUUACGGAGAAGAGCCACUAUUGAAUAGCUUAACAAUUCAACGAUUGAUGGACAAACUAUUCAAAAAUUAUCGGUCAUGGUGCAAAUACUUACACUGUUCACGAAAUUUGGAUGAUGAGGAUCUUAAAAGGCACAUGUCGCAGCUUAAAUGGAACCAGUCACAGCUUCUCUACAUUGGACUAUAUCUUCUUAUAUGGGGUGAAGCUUCAAACAUUCGGUUCAUGCCGGAAUGCCUAUGCUAUAUCUUUCAUCAUAUGGCAAACGAGUUGAAUGGAACUUUGUAUAGCAAUGUCGAACGCAUUAGUGGAGUUACGUAUCAAACAAUUCCACAUGAUGAGGAAUAUUUCUUGAAGGAAGUCGUUACCCCUAUUUAUAACGUUCUGUAUGAGGAAGCUAGGAAAAACAAAGAGCGGAAAGCGAGUCACUCAUCAUUGAGAAACUACGACGAUCUUAAUGAAUACUUUUGGAAUAAGAAAUGUUUUAAGUUGGGGUGGCCAUUCGAUGUUACGAAAGCAGAUUUCUUUCGACAACCGGUUGUGGUAAAGCCAGCAAAGGGAAGUAACCAGGUUGCUGCAGGAAAGCGCAAGAGAAGUAACCAGGUUUCUGCAGGAAAGAGCAAACCCAAGACAAAUUUUGUUGAAGUUCGUACGUUUUUGCACCUAUAUAGGAGUUUUGACAGAAUGUGGAUCUUUUUCAUAUUGGCUCUCCAGGCGAUGAUUAUCAUUGCAUGGCAUCAACGUCUAUCCUCAGGUGUGAUUUUUGAUGAGGACGUCAUUCGAACAGUUUUGAGCAUUUUUAUCACGGCUGCCAUAUUGAACUUUUUGCGAGCUGUGUUAGAUAUAACACUCACAGUCAAUGCAUGGAGAAAUCUGAAAUUUACCCAGAUUCUCCGGUACCUCCUGAAAUUUGUUGUUGCUGCAUUCUGGGUUGUACUCAUGCCUUAUGCAUAUUCUAGAUCUGUUACGAAUCCAAGUGGGAUAAUGAGAUUCUUCAGUAAUUUGGGAGCAGAUUGGCAGAAUCAGUCAUUGUAUAACUACUGUGUUGCAAUUUAUUUGAUUCCUAAUAUAUUGGCUGUAUUUCUCUUUCUAUUUCCAUUUCUGCGGAGAACAAUGGAACGCUCAAAUCAGAGAAUCAUUUCCCUCUUUAUGUGGUGGGCUCAGCCAAAGCUUUAUGUUGGAAGAGGCAUGCAUGAAGAUAUGUUUUCCCUUCUAAAGUACACACUCUUUUGGAUAAUGCUGUUAAUAUGCAAGCUGGCGUUCAGCUAUUAUGUUGAGAUAUUGCCAUUAAUUGAACCAACACAGACGAUCAUGAAUAUCUCUGUCAGUAGCUAUGAUUGGCAUGAAUUCUUUCCAAAUGCUACAAAUAAUAUUGGCGUUGUUAUUGCAAUAUGGGCUCCAGUCAUUCUGGUCUAUUUCAUGGAUACACAAAUAUGGUAUGCUAUCUUCUCAACAGUUAUUGGUGGGAUUGAAGGAGCAUUCAGCCACCUUGGUGAGAUAAGGACACUGGGGAUGUUAAGAUCAAGAUUUGAUUCUGUUCCUAGAGCUUUCAACAAAACUCUUGUCCCGAAAGACGAAAUGAAACAACAUCAACAGGAUAAUGCAAUGGAAAGCAGGAAUAUUGCAAAAUUCUCACAGGUGUGGAAUGAAUUUAUAUUAUCCUUGCGAAAUGAAGACUUGAUCAGCAAUUGGGAAAGGGAUCUUCUUCUUGUCCCAUAUGCACGAGGUGAUGUCACUGUUGUCCAGUGGCCUCCUUUUUUGCUUGCUAGUAAGAUUCCAAUUGCGUUGGACAUGGCUAAAGAUUUCACAGAGAAGGAAGAUGCUGAUCUCUUCAGGAAAAUUAAGAGUGAUGAUUUUAUGUAUACUGCAAUAAUUGAAAGCUAUCAGACACUGAGGGUUGUUCUAAUUGCCUAUCUAGAAGAUGAAGAGGAGAAAGAUGUUAUUCAACAAAUAUGUCAAAAAGUGGAAGACAGCAUAACAAAUCGAAGAUUCUUGAGUGACUUUAAGAUGAGCGGGUUGCCUUUAUUCAGUGACAAACUGGAUAAAUUUUUAAAACUACUCGUAUCAUUUGUACCUUCGCAGGUAUCAGACGUUAAUGAACAUGAAAAUUUUAAAGCUCAGAUCAUAAACAAACUUCAAGAUAUCCUAGAGAUUAUCGUUCAAGAUCUAAUGCAUGAUGGACAUGAAAUCAUCAAAAAAGAUCAGAAGUUUGAAAGGGUGAAUUUUACACUUUCAGAGAAUAGAUCGUGGAGGGAAAAGUUUACCAGGCUUUACUUGCUUUUGACCGUAAAGGAAUCAGCAAUCAAUGUGCCUAUGAAUCUGGAAGCUCGUCGGCGUAUCACUUUUUUUGCCAACUCGUUGUUUAUGAAAAUGCCCAAUGCUCCAAAUGUUCGUAACAUGCUCUCGUUCAGUGUUUUGACACCAUACUACAACGAAGACGUUCUUUAUUCAGUGGAAGAGCUUAAGCAGAUAAAUGAGGAUGGCAUAACAAUUCCAUUUUACCUUCAGACAAUUUAUCCAGAUGAAUGGAAAAAUUUUGUGGAGAGAAUCAAAGAUCCAAAACUUGAUUAUGACGAUAAAGACAGAACGGAAUUGGAACGUCAGUGGGUAUCUUACAGGGGUCAGACGCUUUUCCGGACAGUGAGAGGGAUGAUGUACUACAGGGAAACUCUAGAACUCCAGUGCUUUCUGGAUUUUACCGAUCGUGAUGAUAAUGCUCUUUUUAGUGGCUAUCGGAACCUUAAUGUACAUAACAGAACCGACAGAAUGCUCAAGGAACGAUCACAGGCUUUGGCAGAUCUGAAGUUCACAUAUGUUGUAUCUUGUCAAAUUUAUGGCGCUCAGAAGAAGUCCAGUGAAACCCGAGACCGAAGUUGUUAUUCCAACAUUCUGAAUCUUAUGCUGCAGUAUCCAUCUCUGCGUGUUGCUUACAUAGAUGAAAAGGAGGAGAUGGUUGGUGGAAAAACUGAGAAGGUUUAUUAUUCUGUACUUGUCAAGGGAGGCGUCAACUUGGAUGAGGAAAUAUAUCGUAUCAAGCUUCCUGGUCCUCCUACAGCAAUUGGUGAAGGGAAACCUGAAAAUCAAAAUCAUGCAAUAAUUUUUACUCGUGGGGAAGCUUUGCAGGCCAUAGACAUGAAUCAGGAUAAUUAUUUUGAGGAAGCUUACAAGAUGCGGAAUGUUCUAGAGGAAUUUUUGAAGAUGCAUCAUGGACAUCGAAGGCCAACAAUAGUAGGAUUAAGAGAGCAUAUUUUUACUGGAAGUGUUUCUUCACUUGCUUGGUUCAUGUCCAACCAAGAAACUAGUUUUGUGACAAUUGGACAGAGAGUUUUGGCAAACCCUCUAAGGGUAAGAUUCCACUAUGGGCAUCCUGAUAUCUUCGAUAGAAUAUUUCAUUUGACAAGGGGUGGCAUAAGCAAAGCUUCGAAAACAAUCAACUUGAGCGAAGACAUAUUUUCUGGCUACAAUUCAACUCUGCGAGGGGGAUAUGUGACACAUCAUGAAUACAUCCAAGUAGGCAAGGGGCGAGAUGUUGGUAUGAAUCAGAUAUCUCAAUUUGAGGCAAAGGUUGCAAAUGGCAAUGGAGAGCAGACGCUUAGCCGAGAUGUCUAUCGGCUUGGACGUCGAUUUGAUUUUUAUAGAAUGUUGUCCUUCUACUUCACAACAGUUGGAUUUUACUUCAGUAGCAUGGUUACAAUAAUUAUUGUAUAUAUCUUCUUAUAUGGACGACUGUAUAUGGUCCUGAGUGGAUUGGAAAGGCGGAUUUUGGAAGAACCAACAAUUUCAAGCAAAGCUCUUGAAGAGGCUUUGGCUACCCAGUCUUUCUUUCAGCUAGGCUUGUUGCUUGUGCUACCUAUGGUGAUGGAAAUUGGCCUAGAAAGAGGAUUUCGUACCGCUAUCGGUGACUUUAUAAUUAUGCAGCUGCAGCUGGCAUCCGUGUUCUUCACAUUUCAGCUUGGAACAAAAGCACAUUAUUAUGGAAGGACAAUUUUGCAUGGAGGUUCUAAGUACCGAGCUACUGGUCGGGGUUUUGUUGUUCGUCACGCCAGCUUUGCUGAGAAUUACAGAUUGUAUUCUCGUAGUCACUUUGUAAAAGGGCUAGAGCUUUUAAUUCUGCUAGUUAUUUACGAGGUCUAUGGGCGUUCAUAUCGUAGUUCGUCGUUAUACUUCUUCAUUACAUUUUCAAUGUGGUUCCUUGUCGCUUCCUGGUUAUUUGCUCCAUUUGUCUUCAAUCCAUCUGGAUUCGACUGGCAAAAAACAGUAGAUGAUUGGACGGAUUGGAAGAGGUGGAUGGGAAACCGUGGUGGCAUUGGGAUUUCAGAAGAUAAAAGUUGGGAAUCAUGGUGGAAUAAAGAACAGGAACACUUGAAAGUCACAACUAUAAGGGGAAGAGUUCUUGAGAUUAUCCUUGCAUUUCGCUUUUUCAUUUACCAAUAUGGGAUCGUCUAUCAUCUUAAGAUAUCUCAUCAAAGCAAGAGUAUUGUGGUUUAUGGCCUUUCUUGGUUUGUCAUGGCAGUGGCUCUUGUGGUCUUAAAGUUAGUGUCCAUGGGUAGACGAAAGUUUGGUACGGAUUUUCAGCUUAUGUUCAGGAUUCUGAAAGCACUGUUGUUCCUUGGUUUUGUAUCUGUCAUGACCGUAUUAUUCGUGGUAGCCGGCCUUGUUGUGACUGAUAUAUUUGCUGCUAUCAUCGCCUUCAUGCCUACCGGAUGGGCCCUUAUCCUAAUUUCUCAAGCAUGUGGACCUUGCAUGAAGCGUAUUAAAAUUUGGGAUUCAGUGAUGGAGUUGUCGAGAGCGUACGAAUGCAUAAUGGGACUUGUUAUAUUCAUGCCCAUUGUUGUUCUUUCUUGGUUCCCAUUCGUAUCAGAGUUCCAGACGCGACUUCUCUUCAACCAAGCAUUUAGUCGGGGCCUCCAGAUUUCGAUGAUUCUGGCUGGGAAAAAAGAUAUGAAUGCAUAAUGGGACUCAUUAUAUUCACCUCCCUCGUUAUGCUGUCUUGGUUCUCAUUUGCAUUAAAAUUCUAGAUGCGACUUCUCGUCAACGAAGCGUUCUGUCAUGACCUCUAGAUUCCUUUGAUUCUCCCUGCAGAAAAGAUAAAACACCAUUCAGUUGAUUCUUACGGUUUUCAUUUUUAAAUUUGUCUUAGCUAUGUACCUUGAGACUAGUGUUAGAUUCAUUAUUUUAUGAGGAUUCAUCAGCAUCUGAUGUUGUAUCAAGUAGAAUGAGGAUGAAUAGUUCACAUUUUUAAAGCUACUGUAGAAAAUAUACACAUAUAUUAUACAUAUAUAUAAUACUACUUCGGAUAUCAA